CGAGGAGAGGAGAAGAAGAAAUGGGAUGAAGAGCGUAGUUUCGAGCUAGCACGAAGAAAUCCGGCCAGGGCGUGUCGGCCUCUUUUCCAAAGAAGUUCAAAGUGUUGGAGUAGCUUAAUUGCUUAUUCAGCAUCAAUGGAGGGAUCAUCAUCGCGCAGUAACAAUAAACGUCCCUUUUUGGAAGAAGACGAUGGUCUUAACAAGCCGCCUGCGCAAAAAAGGGUUCGGUUUCCGAAGGGUAAGAAGGUGAGACCAGGGGAUGAAGCAGUGGUGGACAUAGGACCGGUUGAGGAGGACACAGAUGACAUGAUGAAUCCCCGUCGUGCAGCUAAAGAGCGGGCUAAACGCAGGAGUCAAAUGACUACUGAACUCUUUAGUGAAGACAGUAGAGGUAUAGCAAGUGACAUCUCGGCUGCUGAAGUGAAAUAUGAGGAUAAUGAAAAUUUUGUUGAUGAUGGGAUUCAAAUAGAACCUUUCAACCUAAGUAAAGAGAGGGAAGAAGGUUACUUCGAUGCAGCUGGAAAUUUUGUUGAAUAUGUCAGAGAUAAUGAGAUUAAGGAUGCAUGGCUUGAUAAUGUUGAAGUUGAUCCCAAAUAUUCUGCAUUAAACUCAACGGUGACAAAUGAUGAAGAAGAGAUCCAAGACCUUUCCUCUAAGGAUAUUGCGGUCAAAAAAAGGCGCAUUGCAGAUGCACUUGAGCCAGGAGAAACAGUCUUACAAGCUUUGCGAAGGUUAAAAGGUAAUAACGACAGAAAGGCAAAAAUGUCACCUCAGACUAAGAUUUUAUUUGACCAGCUGACAGAAGAUGCCAUGAAACUGAUGGAGAAUGGUGAAUACAAUGUCUAUCAUGAAAAGCAAGAGGUUUUCCAGCGUGAAGCAGAAGGAUAUGAGAAGCUGGCCCUCGCACGAGGAGAUGGCACAUCGUCUCAUUCGGGUGGGGGGAAUUCUAAUUUGAAUGGGGAGAAAGACCUGUUCUCUGAUGGCAUGGACACUGGUUUGGUCUCGGCAACAGUCCCCAGUACUUCCAGUGGUGCUUCCGAUCCAAAUGUCUCUACUACUACGGAAGUCUCUGGCAGUGGUGCAGAUGAGUAUGAUAUAUUUGCAGAUGAUGAUGAUACUGCGGAACCAUCUGCUCAAGAAAACAAUGCCCCUUUCCAAACAUCAUCACAUGCCCAAAAUUGUGAUUCUGAUGGUGGAACAUUGCAAAACGAUUAUGCAUAUGACGAGUCUUCUGGGUACUACUACAGCAGCAGUUUGGGCUACUAUUAUGACCCAAAUACAGGACUUUAUUGCUCUGCAGCAUCUGGGCAAUGGUACUCGUUUAAUGAGGAGACUGGCACAUAUGAUGAAGUUAAAGAGACUGCAUCAAACGCGAGUUGAGGGGUUUCUUUCCCUGUGGAAUGUGUAUAGACCCUUGGAAGUACUCGUGUGGUCAUUGGACAUCAUAGGGUUAUGUACAGACAAAGAAGCACUGACUUGAUCUCGGCACAUAUGUGGGAGUAUCUUCUUUUUCAGAAGCUAGAGUUGUAGUGCUUAUAUGUAGAACCUUCCUUGAAACUGUCUGUUUAUGUUACAUUGUUCCAUGUUGUAUUUCUUUUACGUGGAAAUGUUCACUUGGGAGUUGAGAGUUAGGAGCAAUGAGAUGUCCCCCCCUUUUUGACACAAACCAUUUGUAAUUCUGCAGGUUCUUAGUCAUUCGAUUGACACCCAUUCUUGUUCCGAUUAGAAUAUUCUUGUACGAUUCUAAUGAUGUAUUUCGUUAUGGUGAUUUGAUGAAUUUAGAGUUUUACUUUUCAAAAUGGAA